UCAGAAUCUGUUGACUAACUGUCCCAUUUUGUUUUUCCUCGACGCUUGUCGACAAUCCAUCACGCCCUUGCCCCCGUUGACCGAAACUCAGGCAUUUAGUGAAGGAGUGGAGGGAGAAUCUGCAACUGCAGGAAUCGGGGUCAAGCUAUCUCGGCACCGACGAUACAGGGCAGAAUCAGCACUGUGACUCAUUUUUCUCGCAGAACUGAUAUGUAUAUUUCAGAAUUUGAGCUACUUUACAUACAUCUCGCUCAUGGCUCUUCACAACAUAAUUCUCAAUUCCCCUACCGGGCGUUUACAAUUAGCACCCGCCGAUGGAGCAAACGACGAAGCGAACGCGAAGAUUCGAUGCCAUGCAGUAACGCGACAGUAUCUGCGCCUCCUUCCCGAACACUGUUCUACGGAAGAUGCGCGUAAAUUACGUGAAGAAAGGCUCACCGAUCCAUCAAAACUCGAGUUCCAUGUUUACACCGUCGACAAGGACGGAAACAAGCAGUUCGUUGGAGGAACAAUGAUUUUCUACAUUGAUGAAAGUCAAAAGUCAUGUGAAGUGGGAAUUAUACUGUCCGCAGACGUGCACAGGGGUGGAGUUGCUACAGAUGUGUUUUAUGCAUUAUUGACUUACAUCUUCGAGGAACGGGGAUUCCAUCGGGUGACAUUUGAAACGAGUGCUGAGAACUUAGCUAUGAGAGGCUGGUUAGAAAAGGUAGCCGAUGCUAGGUUGGAAUCCCGUCGAGUAGAGGCAUGGAAAGACGUGGGCGAUGGUGGUUAUAGCGAUGUGACUGGGUAUGCAAUCCUGGAUAGGGAAUGGAAAGAACGAGUCAAAGCAAAUCUGGCGAGGAAAUUGGGCCUGUAA